AUGCCUCAGCAAGAGCGUCUCCCUUCUUCCUGGGCGGAGGCCUCAUCUCCGGGGAAGCUGUUGCAGCUCGACUCGACUGACCCUCAGAUCUCCUUCCAUUUCACAUUCGAUGCUCUACGCGCCAACGUAUUUCGGACGACUUUCACGUCCAAAUCUCACCCUCUGCCUCCUCAUCCCAGCGUUCCUCCACUGGAGAAACAUGUAGAAGCUCAUAUAAAUGUUUCCUCUACCAGUACGACAAAAGAGAUCAAAGUUGGCCCAGUCACUGCUACAGUCGAUUGGACGGAGUCUUCACCUCUAAUCUCAGUUUUUCUCGAUGGCAGCCACAACGGGCCUCUCCAUGAAGAUCUGCCGCAUCGUUCAUACGUCGUCGACGGCGAGGGCAUAGCUCAUUACUCGCGCUACAACAAGGAUACCCUAUACGUUGGCUUGGGUGAGAAAGCGGCGCCGAUGAACCUCGCCGGGAGGAGAUUCGAGCUUUCCGCGACAGACAGCUUCGGAUACGACAUUUAUCGCACUGAUCCUCUGUACAAAAACAUUCCGCUUCUCAUCAAUGCGACGCCGAGUGCCUGCUUGGCGACCUUUUCUACUUCUCAUUCCAGGGGCUCGUACUCUAUAGGCGCUGAGAUGGACGGCAUGUGGGGUCGUUACAAGGUGUAUCGGCAGGAUUACGGAGGACUUGAAGAGUACAUCAUCGUGGGGAAGACUCUCAGGGACGUCGUCAAGACGUAUGCGGACCUUGCAGGCUACCCUCUCCUUGUCCCGAGGUGGGCAUUUGGGUACCUCUCCGGUGGAAUGAAGUACUCCAUGCUUGACGAUCCUCCAGCCUCAGAGGCGCUGCUCGAGCUUGCGCGCAAGAUGAAGGAGCAUGAUAUUCCCUGCUCGGCAUAUCAGAUGUCGUCUGGCUACACUGUGGCCGAGCAGCCGCCCAAGACACGCAACGUCUUCACAUGGAAUCGCCACCGCUUUUCAGAUCCAGAGGGCUUCAUCAAGGAGUAUCACAAGCUCGGCAUGAGACUGAUAGCCAACGUGAAGCCGUACCUCAUUGGUACCCAUCCAGAGUACGAGAAGCUGAAAGCCGCAAAUGCGCUAUUCACUGAUCCGCACACGAAGAAGACGGCGGUGGCACGACUAUGGAGUGCUGGUGGAGGUGAGAGUGCCGAGGGUGGACAUAUCGAUUUUACUUCUGCCGCUGGGUUUCGGUGGUGGUACGACGGAGUCAAGAGGCUCAGAGAGCAGGGAAUCGACUGCAUCUGGAACGACAACAACGAGUACAUAGUCACCGAUGACGGUUGGAUCUGUGCUCUGGACCAGCCUUCUCUCAAGGUCAGAGAAGACGUCAAGGGCCGGCCUCAAAUCGGCUUCUGGGGCAGGAGCCUUCACACUGAGCUCCACGGAAAGGCGUCUCACGAUGCCCUCGUCGACGUUGCUCCUGACGAACGUCCGUUUGUUCUCACUCGCAGCGCAACAGCCGGCACGAUGAGGUACGCCUGCAGUUCCUGGAGCGGCGACAACACCACCAGCUGGGCCAGCAUGAAGGGCGCCAAUGCUCUUGCGCUCAACGCCGGCAUGUCGUUGCUGCAGUGUUAUGGCCACGAUAUCGGAGGCUUCGAGGGCCCCCAGCCAUCACCUGAGCUGCUUCUUCGUUGGGUCCAGCUAGGUACCUAUUCGCAGCGCUUCGCGAUCAAUUGCUUCAAGACGAUCAACGAAAAUAACAUCGGAGACGUCAUUGAGCCGUGGAUGUACCCUGAGAUCACCCACUUGGUUCGCAAAGCAAUCAAGCGUAGAUACGCCAUGAUUCCUUACAUCUACUCCCUGAUGCUGGAGAGCCACCAGACUGCUCUCCCGCCACAGCGCUGGACCGGCUGGGGCUAUGAGCAGGAUCCAGAAGUUUGGACGGGGCCAAUGACAGAGGGCGAGACGCAAUACUGGCUCGGCGAUGCCCUUCUAAUUGGGGGCGUGUAUGAGCCUGGCGCUACCCAGGCGCGAGUCUAUCUCCCCAAGGCUUCUGAUAACGAUGAUGGCUAUAUCAACCUCAAGGCUCCCUACCAGUACUUGGAAGCGGGACAAUGGGCGACCAUUGACGCCGAGUGGCACGGAGCAGGUAUUCCUGUGCUGGCAAAGGUGGGAACAGCCAUCCCAGUUGGAAGAGACGUGCAAGUCUUGUCUCCUGGAGAAAAGGAGAAUGUCGCUAAUCUUCCCCUGGACGACUACCGCGCGGUCGAGAUCUUUCCUCCUCGACAAGGCUCUCACUCUACGAAAAGAUAUGAGACUAUAUGGUAUGAAGAUGAUGGCGUUUCGGCUGCCGCAAAGAAUAAAGUUUCCAGGUAUAGCAUCGUGUACUCGGUCGAAGGGGCUGAGAUCAGGGUCAAGUUCUCGAGGGACGAGACGUCAGGAUAUGUGGCGCCUUGGAAGUCGCUGGUUGUUGUGCUGCCUCCCGGAGACGCGCGCAAGGUCGUUUCGGCACAAGAUGUUGUGCAGGUUGGCGUACUGGGUACGGAUGAGGAGGGGCGGAAGAGGUUCGAGCUCAAUUGUUGA